AUGUUGCCAGUGCAGUUAAACAAAAGCAGAGCUGCGGCGGCUCGCAGUCUUUAUGGGCUUGUACCUGAACAGUUACUCGCCUAUGCUUCGUAUCUGCCUCGGCUCGGUACUUAUGGUGCGAAUAUGUUUUAUAGCGGUGGAAUUUUCAACGGGUUUCAAUCGUACGCCCAGCUUGCACCUACGUCGCCCCCCGGUGGCGUCACAAAUGGUGUCGCGCCAGUAGCCGCUGCUGCUGCUGCUGCUGGCGCUGGAGGUGUCACACGUGGUUUCAAUGUAGCAGCGGUGCAAGCGGCAGCAGCGCAGCAAGCAGUGGCUUUCGAAGCAGCAGCACUGUACGCGAUUGGCGGCGAACCGUUUGCUGGCGUUUAUCCGAGUGCAAUGCAACAGCCACAUCAGACCACUCAACUGCCGCAUGCUUUCCAUAAGGUUUAG